AUGGCUCAGAACUCUGCCUCUCAUAAUCCAAUUGGUCUAUCGGUUGGCAACUUGACCGAACCACCACCACCAGUUGAUGAUGAUACGAAGAAGAAGGUUGCUGAAGCUGCAGAGAAGGAUCCGACGGGCCAAAGUGAAGGGGGUCGGAGCACAGAGGAUGCAGAAAAGACGGAAAAGACCUUGGAUCUCGAGCGUGAACGUGCUGAAACAUCCACGAGGUUCGCCCGGACGAACCAUUAG